AUGGUCAAUCAGCCCAGUCUCUAUCUCAGGACUUCGGGUAAGCAGUUAAUUCGCUGGCUUAGCAGGACUUGUGAUGGUGUGAAUGAUGCACCUGCUUUGAAAUUGGCUGAUAUUGGGAUUGCAAUGGGCAUUGAUGGAACUGACGUUGCAAAGGAGGUUGUUGACAUGGUUCUGACUGAUGAUAAUUUUAGCACGAUUGUGGCUGUAGUUGGAGAAGGCAGAUCCAUUUACAACAAUAUGAAAGCCUUUAUCCGGUAUCUGAUUUCUUCAAAUAUUGGUGAGGUUGCUAGCAUCUUUCUAACUUCUGCCAUUGGGAUUCCAAAAGGCUUGAUUUCAGUUCAGCUUCUAUGGGUGGAUCUGGUUAAGGAUGGCCCACCUGCAACAGCCUUGGGUUUUAAUCCACUAGACAGAUACAUCAUGAAAAAAAGCCCCUCGCAGGAGUGA